AUGUUGUGCUCGUUUGACUUACAAAUUCUUUAUAGUUCGAUUGUUGGAAGUAGAAAAAUUCUAAAGACCUGCAGAAGCUCACAUCGUGAUGUAAAACUACCGUUUCUGAAGCCAAAAAUGGGGGACUUCUUUAAAUAUGUGAUUCGGUGGCCGAUAGGACAGCCGCCUGUUGAUGACUGGAUCCAGAUUUGGCUUGACUCACUCUUUAUUCAUAACGACUUAUGUCUGAAAAUCUGCGUACUGUCAAUGCAAUUAAGUACUGCAAUGGCGUUGGCUCUUAUCCUCUCCAGAAAAAUAAUCUUUGUUUUCAUUCUUUACACUUUCUCAAUGGCGACAUGGGGGCUGGAAUUUCAGGAAUCACGCUCUAUACAUAACAGCGUGCACGUUGAAGGAUGA